AUGGAGUGUGCUGCUCGGGGCUUUGGAUCGCCGUGCGUUGGCCCACCGACGCGGCGGUGUGGCCUAUGCUCCGCCGUGGCGUAUUGCUCCGUCUCUCAUCAGACGUCUCAUUGGAGCUAUCACAAGGAAGAAUGUGAGAGACUAGAAGAGCAAAUGCGUCGUGUUGAUCUGUUGAACGAGUUUCCAUUUACAUUUACAGAAGAAUCUACAGUCCAUAUUUGUCAAAAGCAGGAAAGCAGGUGCUCCUUCCUCAGCAGAAGGGAAUUACAUCAUGUUGGAAUGUGGAUGUAUGAAUGCAAAUGUGGAGACUCUGCCGGGUUUUCGGCUUAUGAUAGUUUUAAAAAUGACGGUUGGCAUCUACCAAGUUCUUCUUGUCCAUGUCGUGGCCCUUUAUCUCCAGUGUCAAGGCAGCUAUGCAGUUGGACGGAUUAUUUCGAGUGGAGAAAGAUACCUCUAGAUUCUCCUGUAGCUCUACUUCUCCACUGGCCACUUACCAUAUAUCAUGCAAUUCAAGCCAUUGGGAUGGGAAAUUUGACUCCCCAAAUCAGUGAUGAGCUUCGUAUACAUUAUCUUGGGCCGCAGAGAGAGCUUGGCCAACUUGUUGUCUUUGCUGAGCUGCAAGCGCUCUUCCCUGGUCUGUGCAUUAGUGUAGAACUGGUUGGACCUGACGUUCCACAACAUAUGGAUGGAGAGAUGAUCUCCCUUUGCAGGUAUUCCCCUUGCAUGGUAAAAGAAUGUGAAUGUAAUUCUCUAAGCAAAACUCCCAAUCCCGGUAACCAAUCAGCCCGGUCUUCAGUUGUGACGUUACAGCUCCAUAGAGGGUUAUACCAUGAUCGUUACAGUGACAUAGCGAAGGAUUCACGUCCUCCUCACAUAGUGAUUGCUCCAAACGCCGGCAUUGCAGCAUAUCCGAGCUGGUUGCCAACUAUUGAACUGAUAAAGGAGAAAAAAGUCCCAGCUGUAUUCACUGAUUACUGUGAAGAAGCUUGUCAUCUUGCGGCUUGUUGUAUUAAAUCCAUCACGGGACAAUCUCUAUCAUUACCUAUUGGGUUAAAUCCAUUCAGACAACCAAUAGCGGUGGAGGAGAGUCCUUUGUUUAUCCCUUGCUACUCAAACUGCUUCAUCUUCGCAAUGUAA